UUCAGUGAAACAGCUAAUGACAGAAUGGAGUCGAGGACACUCAAAGAAAAGGCAGGGCGAGACCGUGGACAUCUAUAAACCUGACAUCAGUUGAUGCAUCAAUUUUUAAAACCUGAGGAGGGAGGCAGAUAGGAGGAAGAAGGAAACGGUAAAUAGGAGAGCACAGGGACAAGGUGUAGGUGAGGAGGGUGGAGUUAAGAAAACACACACACAACGUGGAGCAUAGACAAACAGAGCGCAGCGCAUUGAUCCCCUGAGCCGGACAGGUCGCCUGAGAAAAACAAGACAAUAAAGAUCUGAGCAGCACAACAUAUUCAGCUGGGAGGAUGUGUGAAAAGUGCCUGGCCUUGUGAAGGAGGGGAACAUGAGCCUGGAAUAACAGGAUUGGACAUUUUCUUUUGGGAUAUAAAACACAACUGAAGGAGCUGAGGAUGUCUUCAGUAUCAGAGGCAGACUUCCGUUGCAAACAUGGAGAUACUAUCUGUGAGAUCCGUGUGUAUGAGCAGGAGGUGAUUGUUGUGCCCAUCCUGCUGCUGGCCAGCUUCCUGGUCACCCUGGUCUUCAUUUUGCUGCUGCGCUUUUGUCCGGAGAAAGUCGAUCGCAUCCGUCCACAGGCCUCAAAGCUGACCACCAGGAGAGUGCUGCAUGGCAUUGAUGCUCCACCAGGUCUCAAUGCCCUGGAGCAUGAAAGCAUUGCUCUGGACAUGCCCAGUUCCUACUCCACCUUCCACCCCCCAAACACGUACUACUCCAAAAACCUCUCCACGGCUGUGGACACACCCGCGCUCCCACCCAACCCCCCGCCGCAGCCCUACAAGCCCAGUUUCACUCCCAUCGUCCAGCCCAGAGAGCUGCCACGUCAGAGGCUGCCCGAGUCCUUCAACCUGGUCACCCCUCUGCCUGCUGCCUUCUCCCUGCGCUCCGACACCUCAGUGUCCCUCUACAGGGCCCGCAUGGAGAACAGGAAUGUGGUGCUGCGAGUCCUAAACGACUCUGCUGACGCCACAGAGAGACACAGCUUCCUGGGCUUUGCAUCCUUCCUGGCCCAGCUGGGACCACACCCCUUCCUGCCAGAGCUUCUGGGUGUAGUCUCACUUCGAGCUCCUCUGGUUACAGUGGUGGAAGAGCUGGAGAACAGAGACCUGCUCAGCUACCUGUGGCGAUGCAGACAGGAACAUGUGGAUCCUCCAUGUGAGAUGACAGAGAGACGAAUAUUUACCAUGGCCAAACAGGUGGCCUCAGCAUUGGAGUUCCUUCACAGUAAAGACCUUCUCCACGGAAACAUUCGUGCCCGCAGCGUGCUGGUCUCCAAGGAGCACACCGCCAAGCUUUGGGGCCUGCAUGGUGUCUACACAAGGAAGAACCAGGGAACCACUCAGAGAGACGAUCCCAGCAUGAAGAAGUGGCAGGCACCAGAGCUGUUAGCCAGGAGACCUGCCAGUCAGAGCAGCGACAUCUGGUCGUUUGGCCUCUUACUGUUUGAAAUGGCAACACUGGGUGAAGCUCCAUUUGCAGAAAUCCCAGUUACUGAGCUUCUUCAGUUUCAUCAACGAGGGAAAAGUUUGAAAAAACCCUCCAACUGCUCCAACGCACUAUACUCCCUCAUUAAGGGCUGUUGCCAGUGGAAGGAUCAGGAUCGACCCACGCUGGCUGAGGUGAGCCGGAAGCUCCUCUCAGGAGAGAAAAGUGCCUCUGACAAAGUCCUCAAGGCGUCCGGGACAAUUAACAUUGAGCAAUACCUGCAGGAGGCAGGAUACGGGGAAGCCAACAGCUACACUGUUUUCUGAUCCGUGCGUGUGCCAGUACAAUAGUUGCACUAUUCUCCUCAGUGAUACCCCAACGUGCACUUCUACAGAACAAUGUCUCUCAGGUGCAAUAAAAGUGUUUCAGACUUGGUUAUUCAUUAUAUACAUUCUCCUACGUCAGUUUCACACAAUGGAAACAAGAAAAAACUGUUUACUGUGUAAGUUAUUUACUUUUGGGGGCUAUUUAUUUUCCUCUUAGUAAGACCUCAUUCAUGUGUGUCUUCAUCUGUCGAGGCAAAGCCUAACUCUUUCAGGUUCAGUUGGGGAAAUACACCUAGUAGUUUUGUAGUAGUGCACUUUAUGAUAUGUAAACUUGAUCUUUGUACAGCCGCUGCAUCCUGAACUUGUAGUCCAUACUGUUAGGACGGUUUACAGAUCCCAAAGCAAAUGUGUAUUAACAGAUGUAAUGUGUUAUAACCGUGUUUUGUACUGUUCUAUAUUUAGCAUUGUGGAAAUGAAGGGCACAUAAAUGUAUUUACAUGUAUUGACACUCACUGUUUUCUCUAUAAGCUCAGUUCAUGUGAACAUCUAUGGGCAAGAAAUGAGCUUAAACUGUUUACACAAAUUUAAAUGUGAAUAAAAUAUUACAAGUCCUA